AGAGGUAAUAGAAACAGAAGCAGGAUAUUUUUUAUCACUUUCAAGUUUUGUGCUGGACUCUCUCGUUGCUACGGAAUUGCUGAACUCUUUAGCAUGAUUAUGGGACGUUUCUUUACUUUGGUUUGGCGUAUUGGUCACAAUAUUCACAGAAUAAGAUACAAGUUCAAUUCCAUUGUAACUGAGUUUACAAUAAUAUAUUCCUGGUACAUCAACUCUUAGCAUUGACAAGAACUCUUCAAAGUGAAUGGGAUUCCCGUUAUAGAACCAUGAAUACAUUGUUCCCUGCUUAUUGUGCACAUUAGUAAUGACACCCAGAAAGAAAUGAUCAUGUUGGUAAUCAUUUAUCAAAUCUGGGCCACGAAUAAUCACUGCAGGGCCACUGGCAAUGUGCACAUCAGCUGUUGGCAGUGAGUAUGAAAUCCUACCCUGAUUCUCAUCUUCUUUACAACAGUCAUCCCGUCUAAGGUAAACAGUAUCGUUAACUGUUACACCACUCAGUAGGAAUCUGUCAGUAUAUAUUCCUUAUUGUCGUAGUCUAGCUAGACAAUUCUCCGAUCGAUAAAUGGUAAGCAGGCUGAGUCCCACCUGCGGUCAAUAGGACUAAGAAGCAUACUGAAACAUUCCGAGUAUUUUGAUUCAGUUAUCAACACCAUUUCAAUCCCGAUAAUGUUCGGCCUUGUCUGUCCUUGUACCCGAAAUUGGAAGACAUUUUCAUUCAUAACGAAAUCGUCGAAUGCUGGCUUUUUAAUACUAAGUAAAAUCGAAACGAAAUGGUGCUAUAAAACAGUAAACAAUCAUUAAAACGCGCGAAAACCGCUGACCAGAUGAAUUGCAGGCUAAGAGAACGCUGGGCUGAUAGCAACAUUUGAAUUUCGUUUUGAAUUUAAAAACACGUUUUGACGUCCUAUUGUUCUCGUUUAAAAAUAUGUUAAAAUCAAAUUGAAAUUGGCAUGUUCCCAUUUCUUUUUUAUUUUUUUGUGUUUUGUUUGUUUGUUUAUUUUAUUUAUUAUUAUAUUUUAUUUAUUUGUUAUAUUUAUUUUUUAUUUUUUAAUGAUUUUUUAAUUUUUAAAAAUUUUUUUUUAUUAUUAUUGUUUUUUAAUUUCAAUUUAAUUUUUUAUUAUUUGUUUUUAUAGAUUUAGACAAAAUGAUAGCGAUAACAAAUUUAUUAAAGAACGAUGUUUCGAAGUCAUCUUGACCUCAUUUUCAAGAUCAAAUUAAUAUUAAAAUAUUAACGAUUAAAUUAAUAUAAAUAGCGUUUACAAAUAAUUGCGCAAGCAAACUAAUUCGUCAUGGACGACAGUUGCAAUUAUAUUAACAUAAUUAGAAUAAUUAAACAUGCAAAUUGUAGCAAACAAUUAAACAACAAUAACACAAGACUAGACGAACACUUAUGCUAAUAUUGAAUGUUAAGUAAAUAGCUUCGAGCGUAUCGAGUCCGAUUGUUUGUUUAAACUAGGUUUAAGAUCUUUAAUAAAUAACAUUUCAUAGAGUAAACACUCGAACUUUCCCCGACAUUUUUUCAAUACUUUAAAGUUUUUCUCAAUGUUCUUUGUGUGCUCGCCAUGCUGUUGAACCAUAUGUUCUCCGAGAACCAAUGACUUGUGCUCAUCAAUGCGUUGAUGUAAGUGUCGGCAAGUGUAACCGACAUAAUCUGCGUCGCACAGAUCACAUUUAAAUAAAUAAACAACACAUUGCUGAUUCACAAGGGUUGGUUUCGUUUCUGUUGCGGGAAGUCUGCGGCAAUCUUUCUGCUUGUGUAGACCGGCUGUAUUUGUCUACCGAUGAUCUUGCUGAGAUUACGAAGCUGUCGCCUCGCACAGUCUGCCGAUUUCUGGUCUUUAAAUGGUAGCAUUACACUACCACAUUUUCUUUGAUGUUUCCUUCUUCUGCUGGAUGGUCGUCGUUCUCGCGUUUCUGGGCAGUGUACUUCGCUAUGAUGUUGUCAAGUAGGGAUAUAGGAUAUCUCAGGAGAACGAAGGUUUUCUUUAGGCGUUCACAUUCCUCGGUAAAUAGCUUCCAGGAUGAAGAUAGGCGGAAUGCACGAUUGAGCAUGGUCAGGACGAGCGAUUUCUUAUACUUCACGUCUACAUGACUACCAUAAUGUAACAUAAGGCCGGUGUUUGUUGGCUUGAUGCAGACCGUCGAUUUGGAAUAGCUGAUGUUUAACUGCUAACUUCAGGAGUUCGACAAGUUCAAAUUUCUCAAGCUUUAGGUUGUAUUUCCAGUUGAACCAUUCUUUCUCAAACGCUUUGUCGGCAAGAAUUUGGAUUGUUUCAUCAACUGGUACAUUGGUGAAAAGCGAUGCAACGUCAUACGAUACUAGAAUGUCACUCUCAGCCAUUUGUUUCUCGCGUAUCUCCUCAGCGAACUUUAGUGGGUCGGAAACGGUGUACUUGUUAAUCGAAAGGAAUUUCAAUUUCUGAUCCAACCAUUUGGCUAGCUUGAAGUUGUAAGUUCCCGUUGCUGAUAGUAUUGGACGCAUUGCUAGCUGAGGUUUAUGGGUCUUAGGUAAACCGUAAAGGUGUACGAGGCGGGAACCUUUUGGGCAAAUUGAGUCAGCUAUUUCUUUGGGAAGGAUCUUUCUAACGGCGGUUUCGAGCUCUUUUUAUUUUCUAAGUAGGGGGUGCUAAUGUUUGACAGAUCUUCCUCUCGACUUUGGUUUUUCCAAACUCACGCUCUUGAACUUUUCCGUGUUGUUGAUCGACGCUUCGUUUAGCAACUUUGUGUAUUCAGACUUAUCCAUUACGACAACCCCUGUUCCUUUAUCUCGUUUAGUGAUAACGAUAUCGUCACGUUUCUUAAGUUGGUUUAUCAAUCGAAGCAACGUCUUUGCCGGUCAUGUAUUUCACCGUUCAAUGUAUUUCAGAGCAAUUGAUCGUAACGUUGCUACAGUUAAUUCUUUCUUAUCCUCAUCUAGGUUGUGCUCAAGUGUUCGGUACGCACUUUCAAAGGAUGCUUGUAUAUCCUUCGCUGACACAGGUCUAGGAAUGGCAAAGUUUAAGCCUCUGCAUAGCACAAGCUUUUGGAAGAAUGUUAGUUUAAACGAAGAAAUGUUUUUAAUAUGUUCAUCAACAUUGGUUGCUUUUGAUAACAUUCUAGAUAUUUUCGCGUAUGAGUCGUCAUUACACGUUGAUACAAAUCCUUAUUGAGCCUGUUCAUGACACGUAAAAUGCAUAUGUACCUCAGUGUUGAAGAUUUCUUCUUUAUUUCCUCAUAAAUAUCGAUAACUUCUUUUCUAUGCUCCUUUAUUUGAGUUUUCUUUUGUAAAAUCUCUUCUUUAACCACGGUUUCUUCGAAAUUUUUCACAGAUUUCUUCCAUCUAGUUGCUUUCGGAUAAGAAACCUGCGCGAAUGUAGGUGUAAGAGCAAAGGAUUGACAUAUGGUUCAACAGCAUGGCGAGGACACAAAGAACAUUGAGAAAAACUUUAAAGUAUUGAGAAAAUGUCGGGGAAAGUUCGAGUGUUUACUCUAUGAAAUGUUAUUUAUUAAAGAUCUUAAACCUAGUUUAAACAAACAAUCGGGCUCGAUACGCUCGAAACUAUUUACUUAACAUUCAAUAUUAGCAUAAGUGUUCGUCUAGUGUUGAUUUAUUGUUUGUUUAAUUAUUGUUUGUAACAUGCAAAUUGAUGUUGCAUUCUAAUUAUGUUAAUUAAGUUUGAAAAUUGCAACUGUCGUGCAUGACGAAUUAGUUUGCUUGCGCAAUUAUUUGUAAACGCUAUUUAUAUUAAUUUAAUUAUAAUUUGAACUUGAAAAUGAAGUCAAGAUGACUUCGAAACGUCGUUCUUUAAUAAAUUUGCUAUCGCUAUCAUAUUUGUCUAAAUCUAUAUUGAAAAGUUUAUUGAUAAAAAUAUUAUUUUUUAAUUAUUUUUAUUAUUAUUUUUUUUUAUUAUUUUUUUUAAUUUGAAUUUUCUUCUUACCUAAUGUUCCUUUCAUCUUGUGUUUUUUCAACGAGAACGCUGUGCUCAGGGGCGGCGCUAGCCAUAUUUGAAUGAGAGGGGGGGGGGCGUGUAAGUGAAAUAUUGCCGACUCAUUAAAAGCGACAAUUUAUAUGUCUUUUCCUGAUAUUGUUGGCUAAUAGGGGGGGGGAAGUGGAGGAGGGGGUGCUUCACAGCUCUACAUCAAAAAAAUUUCCGUGCAUUAAACUUUUCAUUUUCUUUUCGGUUAACGUAACAUUGUUUGUUUAAUUUUCCGUAAUUUUUUAGUAUAUAGGUAUAAUUAUUAGUUUUUAAUCAGUGUCACUCAUACAUUUUAAAUUCUUUCCUAUCCAACUGAGCAUGAGAUUGGAUAAUUUGCCGACUACAUGACUACCUAGCGCCGCCCCUACCUGUUCUGACUUUGGUAUGUAAGAUGAAUGUCGAGAAUGUGAGAGGAUAUGAGACGGCGGAAAGAUGCAGUUUUUUCAACAAGAUUGACUUUUUACUAAUAAUCAAAAAGGCCCAGUACGUUCGUCUGAAUAUCUUGCUUCACUACUACAGGGCAAGCAAAGGGCCUAUUGGGGUAAAUGCCCCAGUAGUUAUAUAUAUAUAUAUAGUUAAAAAAUGCCCUGUGUGUCAAUGUAUAUAAGUUUUCAUUUUAUCCAAGAACAAUCGUUACCUGGAAUCACAUCCCAUUUAACAAUCUUUGCCAAUCAACCCCUAGUUUCAAAACUCUUGCCAUGCCUUCAAUUAAGUCACAUAAUGUAGUUAAUUAGAGUCGUUUUGUAUCGUUUGUAUUGUACUAUAUGUUCGUUUUGUUGUCUUAGAGUUGUUGUUGUCGUUGCUGUUAUUGUCGUUUGCCAUUGUUGUUGUUAAUAGCAUAUAAUAACAGUGAUUAUGAAGUCUUUCUUGUAAAUAGCUAUAAAUAUUAUCCAGUUGUUCAGUAUAUAUAUCUCCUAGUGUAGAAUAAUACCAUGUUAGGAGUAUUUCAUUAAAGCAUUAAAGCAUUAAAGUCUUUAGAUGCUAUGACAUCCAGGUCAGAGAUAAGUGUAGCCUGCGUGGCAGGCGGUAUUUCUACAGGCAGCGAAAAUUAGGGAGGCAAAGGAAAUACCGUCUGCCGCAAAACUAGGGGUUUUUGAAUUACCCGUCCGCUGGUGAACGGAAAAAACGGAUUGGUUAGUAUUUUUAUGUAGUUGUCAAUCAACGGCUAAAUUCGGUUAAAUGUUAAUCAUUAACCAAAUGUUUUGACGUUUUGAAACUCUGCGUUUUGAAAUUAGUUCACAAUCACAUGCAGAAAUGGAAUACCAUAAUAAAAGAAGCAAAUUUAAAGAUACAAGCUGAAAAAUAACACUCUAAAUAGUGUUUUUGAUAGCGAUUCGAACAAGAAUAUUUAACAAAGAAGAUAGCCUACGUCCGAAGGGGCCAAAGUUAUGAUCGGCGAAAGGUAUGGGCUUGUCUAUAUUUUCUUUCAGACAAAUACAUGCGUAUAUUAAUAAUUUGAUAAUAUACGAUCAUAAAUCGCAAUAAUGUUGACAUUUUACUAAAACUAUCGAUAGAAAUUAAGAGAUAUUUCUUCACUGAAUCGAACGGUGGGAUUUUCAUAUAGGCCUAUCAUGUUUUGAACCAAAGAUACUUGAUAGAAUGAUAGAUAUACGAACCUAGAAAGAUCUCCAAAGUAUAAAUUAACUAGGGGUAUGGGCCGGUUGAUGCAGUAAUUAUUAAAUAACAGUUAAACUCUUAUAUACCCGUUGGAUAUGUAUAGUUGUAAACAAAUAAAAACUAUCGUUCUAUAAGGUUCAAAACUUUCAGUUUGGUUGUUGACUGAUGAUGAAUCUAUAGUAUAGACUUGCAUGCUUUGUAAAAUUGUAUUUUGAGCUUAUUAAAGCACCAUUUUAAGGCAGCUAAACGGGCGGCUUGGUUUAUAUUAAAGGCUGCACAUAAAAUAAAUUCCUUGAUUCUCAUCACUAGACACAGUCUACACUUUGAAAUGUCGAAGACAGUGGGAGAUUUAUUUUUUAUAUUUUAUAUUUAUAUAAUUUAUAUAUCAGUAGAUCGUAUCUCCACGAACAAUGACAGAAUGACUGAGUUUCCUUAAAAUACAAUGAAAUUUCAUUCAAACUUCUGUUUGUUUGAAAUUGGAAGUUUAAAUUGGCACUAAAAACCCUAUAUAAAAUAUAAAAAGAUUAACUGUCUUGAAUUAUUUUGUCGGGCGGUACAUUUAUAUUGUAUAACGAAAUAUAAAACAUUUUCACGAGGAUUUUAAAAUUCAGUCGGGCGGUGAUCAUAAUCAAGGAAUUUUAUAAUAUUUUAUGUUGAGACUUGGUAGCAACUUGGGAGUGGCUAAUUUUGAAUAUUUACUUAAUGACAUCUAUAAAUAGCUUUGAUGCUUCAGGGGCGGUAGUUCAUUUACACCCAGUUUUGCGGCAGGCGGUAUUUCCCAAGUAUACCGCCUGCCAUGCAGGCUAAGAUAAGUGUCACACUUUCCAGGGACUUGUCGUUAAGGUGGUAUUGGAGUAAAAAUGUAAACAAAACACGCUCAUGAGCAUAACGGACUUGACAGCUAUGCACUUUAAUUAUCAUUAAUCAUGAUGUUGCAAAAAAUUUCCAAUUUGUUUGCUUGAAAAACGUAUCAAAAAUUAAAAAUUUUGAAUGUAUAGUAAUAACUUAUGUAUAUUCAGUUAGUUUUUUGCGCGUGUUAAUUACGUAACUCAUGGGAUCGAUCCUCCUCUUACGACUCUUACUUCUUAUAGUAAUGUACUGUAGCUAAGCACGUUUUUCCAUGCACAUUCGGAAAAGCUGUUUUGUGCGCUGUGCCAAUUUUAUUAUUAAAAAACUGAAUAUCAAUAUGAAGCGGUCAUAAAAUAAGAUUAAUUUCUAAUUAUAUAGCAUUAAUUGCAAAUUGUUCGACUCUUCUGUGAUUAAUGAUUAUGGUAAUAGAUUGUCAGUCUGUAAUAUUUCGAUAAAGUAUACAUGUAGUUUACCGUAUAAUUACGGGCGUUAAAUGUUGUAACAUACUGUCGUAUUUUAUAUUUCAGUAGAAUGUAUCUCUCACUUUAAAAUUAUCAUCUAUCAUCCCUCCCAAGCAGUACACAAGGGGGGGGGGAGGGGCAAAUUACAUUUUACAUUUACAUUUAUUUACUUUGUCAGCAUAAAAUAAUUAUAAUCUGCUGUAUCUGCAAUGAGGAGAUUCUACUGUAUAGUCAGGGACCGGGACAGUUAGUUCAGACUUCCAGACGAAAUUGUAAGAUCAGUCUUAUUCGAAAACUGAUAAUCGGCGCGUAUUGUGACGCAAUAAUGGGGAUUUUGAUAAACGUAGCAAAAAAUGUAUUUUUUUGACAUUUGUUUUAAUUAUGUAUGCUAAAUAAAUAAUGCUAGAUGUAGAUUUACCUGCGGUAUAAAUUAUAAACUAUAACCCUCUUCUCAUUGGCCAUGAUUAAUUCAUGUCGAUUAAGUUGGAGUUUAUAGACGACCUUGCGCAGAUAUAGAUUCAGAUCAUUCAGAGCAGUUCAGAGCAAAAUUAAUGAUAUUGCACUUCAAUGUAUUUCAAAACGAGAAACGUUUAUUUAUUUUAUCAUCUGUUUUUAUUUUGGACUGUUGUUCAUAUUCAAGCUGAUUCAUGUACGAAAAAUGAAAUCUUUAUACUGGUUGCCAAAGGUAACGCAAUAUUAUUACUGAUAAAUGUCUGCAUGAUAAUACAAUUUAACAAUUUUAUUUUUUGGUACACAAAAUAUUAUGUUUUGUUCUUUUAUAUUACAUAUACAGGCGAAGCUGUUGCACAAAUAUAGCUAGAUAUAGUUAUCGGGAAAACGUUUGAUAGAAUUUGGGGGAAUAGUUAUUCGAAGUAUAUGGGAGAGUUAUUCGAAGUAUAACUGCAGGAAUCAUUUUGAGGUAUAGUGAUGAGAUUCCGAAAGUGACAUUUCAGGGAAGAUUGAUGUAUGCGAAUAAUUAUAUUGUUGUACAUACAGUACAUUACGUGUCUCAACUUGGCGUCAUGAUCAUGUUUAAUUUCGUGUAUCGAAUGUAUUGGUCAUGUACAUUUUCUUUCAUGUUUUGAUGUUAGUUAAUAAUUAUAAAAUACGCGACACUAGCUUUCAAAGACUCGAUAUUAUUUCAUGAUCAUAUCAAAGUUUGAAACGAACAGGGAGAUAAUAUCCAGUAUGAUUAUCAAAUGGUAUUGAAAUUGAAUUAAGCUACAUGCAUAUAGCCGGCCAUUAGAAAAUUGUUAAUUAAACAUCGACUAGUUUUCUCCACUCUAUAUAAUUAGCUGCAAGAUGUUUUCUGCUUUGCAUACCAAGCAGCAUUAUCCAGUUCUAAAAAUAUUAGAACUUCUAGAACAAAAAGCAUGCCAUGUACAAGAAAAGCGAUCGAACAGCCGAUACAAUGAUAUUGUGAUAGUUCUGUCUUCUGACUGUGUCGCUGACAGGUUAAUGCUUCUACGUUUCACGGCCAAAUUUCGACUAGAAAAUUGCAUUGUCUUUCAGCAAUUGCAUGAGUGAGAUACGAAAAACCUAUCGUCUUGGGCAGGAGUGCCGGAACUACGGAGGAACACAAGGGCAGCCGUGUGCCGCUAGCUAAAUUUAAAGAGUUGACACUUUUACGCGGUGUAAUACUUGCAAGCCUGUUAUAAAAUGUGUACAGUCAAUAUUUGGAAAGCAUACGGCCAUUUAAAUUCCGCGAGUUUUCAAAGGCGAGGUGAAAAUGAUCCCGAACUAAUCGGUGGCGCUCAUCGGCAUAUAGCCUUACCAGUGCGUGUAGGAAUUGGGGGGGGGGGGCGGGGGGGUUCUGAUUACUAUUUUAAAACUGAAGGGAAACUGGGGGCAUACUCCCUUAAUGUUUUCAUCUAUGACAUAACAACCAAGUAUUUUGUCUAAGCAUGAGCGGCAACUGCAGUAGGAAUCAGAUAUUUUGCUUAUGCUUACGUCUCGAUAAUGAUAUUAAUGAGGCUAUAAGUCCGCUUUCGUUCUAGGAUGCAGGUCAACUAAUAAUUCAGAUAGCUUUGUUAUGUUUGUAUGUCCUAAUUCGUGCCCGCAAUAAUUGGCACACGCUGUUGCGGUCACCCUGCCUAAAUUCAUGUAUAUCAUUCUUGUUCUUGUCAUAGUUUUGUGUACUCUAAUAUGGCGAAACUAAUGAAUAAAUAAAUAAAUAAAUAAAAUGUACCAAAUCUGUGGCUUCAGAUUAUCAUAAAAGAUGUCUAAAAUACAUGAACUAUAGCGUUUCGCAGACCCUGCAAUUUUCCAGGGGACCAUUCCUGAGAUAGCCAGACGAUUAGACCGUCCCACCCGUUUGCGACUCCCUACGCCCCUGCUCAUCGCUGGUCGUAUCAAGUCUUGACUGAGGUCGACCAUGGCGAGAAGAACCAAAACAAUCCGCCAAGCUUAAAGCAACAGUUGCUCAAGUAUGACUAAAGAUAUUGGACAUGUAUGACAAAGAAAUGACAUACAUGGAGCAGCUGAAUGUUCCGUUACUAAAUAUUUGUACAAGAAAUGAAUGCAAGCUGGACAAAGUUAAAUAAUCAUGAUGAUAAUAAUCGCAGAUAUAGUCCGCCCAGACAAUGUUUAGCAGUGCAGAUUCAAAAGUAAAUAUCGGGCAAAUUUUUAGGCCUGGCGGCAUUGGUACAAUGAAUUUUGUCUUGAUUAAAAUCAACAUUAAUAUGUUGAAAAAUAAUAUUAGUUCUUCGUCAGAGAAUUGAAACCGAACGACAGACUGAAAUUUGUUUCAUUAAAUGUAAGUUUCAUCUUCUCCCCUUUUUAACGCACGCCCUAGUUGUUUUUCCAUGGCCGCUAUUCCAGUGACGUAACUGCAAUUGUCACGCAUGACUGCGUGGAAAUAAAGUAGCAAGAGUGGAUUAGAUUCUGUAAUGAUAUUCACAGUUCUCCUAAUAUAAUACCAAAACCACACGCACUACAAUACCUAGCAUUAUUCAAAAUAUUUAAUAUAAAUUAUAUCAGUUAGUCAAUUCUGCAAACUGACUACAGUUAAACGCCACGUAUAACAACCUUUAUUAUAUAUACACAAGGUCUGGAUAUGAGGUAUUCUGCAAUCUGAUUGGUUCUCUACUAGCAGGAUAUUAGCUCAUAUCCUCCUAGUAGAGAAAAACAAAAUGGCGGCCAAACUGAAUUUACAAUGUUUUGCAAACAAGAAAACGGCAAGUUAUCGCUUUUUUAUAACCUUUACGGGAUUAAAAACACAAUGAAAAAACUCCCACAAAUUGUUUUCAGGUUAGCAAACAAAUUUUUAAAAUUUAAAAUGGUUAAAAAUAUAUAUUUUUGAAAAAAUAACCGGCCGAAAGAGCGAAGAUAAAAACAUAAACAAAGUAGAAAAUAUUGAAAAUAUCUGAAAAGCAAAGUCUGUGAAUUCAGACCUUGUGUAUAUAAUAAAACAGUUAUUCCACUCACGCUCGUCGAAUAUAAGCGAUAGCCGAUUCGGCGCUAAGCGCCUCAUCGGCUAUCAGCUCAUAUUCGACUCGAGUUCGUAGAAUAACUGUUAAAUAUACGCUAAACAUUUUUCAUGUCUAGACCUCCUUUAAUUAAGUAAGAACCUGUUUAGCAAGAAUUUCAAAACAGGUUUUUAAUAUUUUAUGAAAUUGAGCCAAAGUUAAAAAUAUACCAUGUGUCCCAAAAAAAGUACUCCGGUUUGAUUCGUAAUAACUUCGAAACAAGUAAAGCUUUGAAAGAGAAAUAACUUGCAUCAUAUAGAGGACGGACAAACUUAGGUUUUGACAUAUUACAGUUGUAUUUCACUUAAAAAUUCACGGAGAUAUUAAUGUUUAAAAUCGGGGAAUAUUUCUGAAUGUGUCUGAAAUAUGCAAAAAACGGCGUAUCAAAUAUUAAUCAAGAUUUGCCCGACUGAAAUAUGCACGAUUACCAGUAAAUAGAUGACCCUUGACAAAUUGUUUAUUAUGAAACAAAGUAUCAUUAUCUACAAAAUACAAGCAAGGUAAGGUUUAUUCGUCCGAAAUCCGCGUGUGUUCCUAGCACGAAUACAUAUAUAUGUUAUUUACUGGCUGCGAGGUCCGGAUGAGAAAAACUGUGCCCGAGGUCUUGAAAACGGCCCGAGCCCGAAGGGCGAGGGACGUUUUCAAGACCGAGGGCACAGUUUUUCUCAUCUGGACCGACGCUGCCGGUAAAUAACGUGUUUAUUUUUUAUCAAAUGUAAAAAUUACAUUCAUUAAAAUUCCAGUGUUACUUGCGAACUAAUUUGAGAUCAGUGCAGUUGUGUAUUUUCAAAGCGAGGCUGACAAAAAUUGAAAAGUUGAAAGAUAUAAAACACGAAUACGAAAACUCGAGAAAACUGGCAAGAAACACACAAAAAGACGUAUAGUUUCAGUAAAAAUGUACAUGCUUUUUUCAUAAAUGUGAUAGCAGAGAAGCUUUGGAAUAAAAACCUUUAUGCUUGGUGUUUUUGCUUUGGCUUUGACAAAGGCUUUGACAAAAUCAGUUGCUCCUGAGUCCUGACAACGACAGGUUCAUGUUCAGUACCGAUCAAAAACAUGUAAAAAUGAAUCUGUUUUGAUUUAAUCAUCGUUUUUCUACCAAAAGGACAAUGAAAAAGGUAUGUUGUUUUUAUAUUUUUGUAUAUUUUCAUCUCGUCUCAGGAUAAUAUGCUUGAAAAAAGUGUUUUUAAACACAAUUAAACUUUUACUUUGUUUACAAUAUUUAUAUCAGUGAAAAAUGCAUAACACAAAUGGCUAGAGAAUAUAUUCCUGACUUCGGUUUUUACUGCUGCAGUUAAACUUUCUUUUAAAUGGGAAAACAUUUUUUUCGUUUAAAAAUUUUUUCACUUCUCGGUUUUUGGCGCGAAAUCCAGAGCGGGCAGUUGCAUUUCACAGCGGGCAGUUGCGUUUCAGAGCGGGCCGGAUGCAAAAAAUCGGCCCGCUCUGAAAGGCUCUCAGUCAAUCAGAUUGCUUCAUUUUCACUGAUAAAAAAUAAGUUUCCUUAUUUCCUUAUAAGACCACUGCAUCGCGAAGGAUCGUCAUGGAUCGUUCGUAGUUCUGAAUUAGGGUAUGCUGUCACAAUGGAAUUGUGAAGCUCUUCUAACUUCUACAACGUUCUGAAAUCUUGUUAAGAACACUGAAACUCUUUUGCCUUUUCUUAAUCUUUUUAAGUUCAGAAUAAACUGAGAAUGAAACACAAUGAAACCAUACAACUCUAUAAAACAUAACAAGCAACUCCCCAGAGACAUCCAACAUUAUUGGAACAAAACGUAACAAAUAGUAGCGUUGAUACUGCGAUGUGUAUUUGCAAAAAGCAAUAUUAUUUCCUUCAUUGCAGAAUAAUAUUCUUCCUGCUCUAACCGAAAAAUAAUCAACUCUGUUUUGAACCCAUGAAAAACAUAAGAUAAGAUAAGAUAAGAUAACUUUAUUUUAGCAGGGUGGCCCAUUCAGCACUAGGCUGGUAUCCAUAGGGGCCCUGCGUAUAUAAAUAUAUCUAUUUACACAAUAAGAAAAUAUAAUAAACUAAACUAGUAAUAGUACAUAUAUAAAUGUAUAAUUAUAAAAACCUAAUUGUACAAUGAGUAUUAGUUAUUAAAAACUGUGUCUUUGUAUAAGAGACUUGAAAUUAGACAAGGUCCCUGCCUUUUUAAUUCGAUCUGGAAGAUUGUUAUAAAGCAGUGAUCCCGAGUAUAUAAAAGAUCUCUUGCCCAGACUAAGAUUUGGUUUAGGUAAGUGCAAAUCAUCUUUCCUUCUAGUAUUAUAAGAAUGAAUAUUUGAAUUCCUUACAAAAUAUCCACUUAAAUAUUCUGGGACUAAAUUGUUCAAACAUUUAAAUACUAAAACACACUUGUGAAUUUGUCUACGAGUAGAUAAAUCUACCCAAUUUAAAAUGUCAAACGUAUUUCUGGAGCUGUCUCGUUGUAAUAUUAUUCGUGCUGCACGGUUUUGCAGUUUUUGGAGGCUUUGAGAACACCCAGCAGGCAGCUCGGACCAUACAGCAUCAGUGUAGUCAAAAAUAGGUUGCACCACUGAAUUGUAAACACAUUUAGAUGCCUCAAUUGUCAAGCAAGACCGUAUUCGCGAAAGUAUACCUAAUCGCUUGCUCACUUUGUUGCAGAUCUCUUCCGUAUGUUCUUUCCAUGAUAUUUGUUCAUCUAGCAUUACGCCUAAGUAACUAAACUUUGGCACUCUUUCAACUAGUUUGCCUUGUAGUUGGAUGGUAAAGUCUCCGAAACGACCAAGUUUUUGUUUUGUUCCAAAAAGCAUAACCUUAGUUUUGCUGUAAUUUAAAACAAGUCUACUGGACGUCAUCCAUUGUGCAACACGAUCUAAAUCAUUUUGAAGGGUUUCCAUUAUCUCAUUGGUAUCAGAACCAGAAAAAUAAAUUAUUGUGUCAUCGGCGUACAUACUGAUUGAACAGCUUAAUAGACAUUUUGGCAAGUCAUUUAUGUGUAAGACAAAUAAUAACGGUCCAAGCACAGAUCCCUGGGGAACGCCAUAAUUCAACACUCGGCUAGGAGAUAGUUCGUUUGCAUAAUUUACUCUUUGUGUCCGGCUUGUGAGGUAAUUCCGAAACCAGCUCAUGGUCUGACCUCUAAUUCCAUAGUGUUCUAACUU